AUGACGAUGGAAGAGCCGCCCCAAAACCCACCGGGUGAGGGUGUGGCAAAUCCGAUCGACGCCCGCAACCAGCAAUAUCCACUGCCCUCCACUGGACCAACUCAACCUGCCUCCAACGCCGAUACAGCUUCGAUCUUGGGAAAUGGCUCAUCGAUCGCCGAACCGAGAAACUCGCACGCUAAAGUCGCUAUUCCCCGCAACCGCGGGGGUAUCGCCCCGCGGUAUAGUCGCCGGGUACCUCGGGCUUGCGAAUCUUGUCGCCAGCGCAAGACAAAAUGCAGUGGCGAUACUCCUGUUUGUCGACAGUGUCGUGAACUCAGGGUCACAUGUAAUUACCCCAUUGGAUGGAAAGAAAAGACGAAAAAACACGUCGAAAAACUUACCGAAAAAGUUUAUGAUUAUGAAAAUAUGCUGAAGGACCUGGGUAACCUUGUGGAAAGCCGUGCGGCGGAACGGAUCAAAAGCUUGCUGGACAAGCAUGGUUUGGACUCAGCAGAAUACUCACCCAGUAGUGCCCCAUCUCACUCUGUCACCCCUCAGGAUGACCUUCCAGAAGCGGAUGAACCAAGCUCGCCUUCAUCGAUCGGUUCGCUGGAGGCAAUUGAUCGAGUGGAAGAGGACUUGAACCGAAACGAGCACUCUCGCGCGACUGGAUAUAUGGGGAAGAACUCCGAGGUGACUUGGAUGCAAAGGCUCCAAAGAGAGGCAGAGCACCGAUCACAAGGACUACCUGGAUCCUUGGAGCCUGGCCAAAGUAAGCGACAAGAUGAUGACCUCGCUCUUCACGCUGUCAACUACCAUCUCGAUGAUUUGGACAUCAAUGUCCCUGGACCGAUAGACGUGUAUUCGGUUCCUCCGCGAGAGCAGGCCGAUCAACUUUUCGAUGACUAUCUGCGAACCGUCCACCCGUUCUUCCCCAUCAUCAACCGACCUCUUUUCACUGCGCAGUAUAAGACGUUCUAUGAUAGCAAUGCGCAACCCGGAGACAAAUGGCUCGCUAUUCUGAACAUGAUAUUUGCUAUCAGUGCAAAACAUGGUGAUCUUCUCGAGGCAUCAUGGCGCGGAGAUGAAAAAGAUCAUUUGUUGUAUCUGAAUCGGGCUAGGAUCCUCAGCAUGAAUGGUGAUGUUUUGUUCAGCCAUCCUGAUCUCCAGCAGGUUCAGGUAGAAGGAUUGAUCGCCUUUUACUUGCUUGCAUCAGAUCAGAUCAACCGGGCAUGGAGAAUCUCUGCAUUGGCGAUUCGGUCUGCAAUCACCCUGGGAAUCAAUAUGAAAAAUAGCAGUCCUACAACACCGAAUGUGUCCAAAGAGGCUCGCUAUCGAGUCUGGUGGUGUCUAUACACAUUCGAGCAUCUUCUGGGUAUAAUGACCGGCCGUGCUUCCUGUAUCCUGGAUGGAGUAUGCACCACACCUCUGCCGCUGCCGUUUGAAGAGGACCAACUUAUAGAACCAGCCGCCGCUGAAUUGCUAAACGAUUCGGUAAUCCGAGAUGACCGUAUCAAUAAGAUAAUGGCAAGUUCAUGGGUCCGACAUAUGCCCCUCAACCCUACUGGAGGCAAAGAAGCGUCCCAUUCAAGCCGCAUACGCGACAACUCGUGGGUGAAGAGCGUGCCUGUCAACGCGGGCCUUUGUCACCUCUACUACUGUGAUCUAGCCGUCGUGGUGCAGGAAGUUGUGAACAAAGUGUAUUCGGUGGAUUGCGUUAUGGUACCCUGGGCUCAUAUCGAGAAUCGAAUCGGUGAGCUAAGGUGUCGUAUCGACCUUUGGUAUCACAGUCUUCCGGCCACACUCGACUUCACCAAGAAGGAAAAUGAAGAACCUGACCGACUCCGUUACAAACUGGCACUGGCCUUCCACUACUAUAGUGCACGCAUCACAUUGGGACGCCCAUGUCUCUGCCGGCGCGAUGCUCAGAAGAAAAGCCCUUCAGAAAAAUCAGCGUUCAGCCACGACAUGGCUGAACUGACCCUGGAGUCCGCAAACCUCAUGCUCGAUCUCAUCCCCGAGGAGCCAAAUGCUAUUCAGUUGUAUGAGAUUGCGCCGUGGUGGUGUAUCUUGCACUAUCUCAUGCAAGCCGCAACGGUCCUCCUACUUGAGCUCGCCUUUGGAUGUGUUCACAUGCCUGAAGAAGAAAAGAAUUUCAUUCACCUAUCCAAAAAGGCCAUCCGUUGGCUCUUUGCUAUGUCCCAGCACAGCAUUGCCUCGCGUCGCGCUUGGCAGCUCUGCGACAUUUCUCUGCGCCGUCUGUCUGCCGGCAUGAAAUUCAACGUUGAUGACAUGCCUACCCACUCCUAUCAACCCGCACCUGCUUCUACACUCUCCCUCGAAUGUCCACAGGAAGCUGCACAGGCCGUUGCUCCCUUCGUUUCAGGGCCUUGGAAUUCACACUUAGAAAACUUAUCGCUGGCUGCACAGCAGCCCACCGAAUUUGGUGUGGAUUAUUUCAGCAAUGCUGCGGGAUACUCAGACAUGUCCACACCAGAUAUCAUGUCCUCACUUACGGGCGAUGCACAGAUGACAGACGACCUGUACUUCCCGUAUGAUCCUAUCAGCGGCGAGUUUAUCCGCUCUUUCUUCCCCUAUUCGAACGAAGAUCAGAACUGGGAUCAAAUUUGA